CGUAGUGUUUACAUCUAAAAUGAUUAGUGACAGUGAUUAGUAAAUGCGCUUCGACGCUAAACAUACUACGUGACCAAUGAAUAACAAUCUGGAUAAUCAGAAGAGCCUAAUUGAAGUCACCAAGUACAUAUAUACCUCUACAUUGGAAGUAAUUCAACAAUAUCCUUACAGCGCUCCCUGCCCUGCAAUUAGCGGCCCGGAGUGACUAUAAAAAGCAGGCCAAAACAUUGCUCCCGACACUCGCCCGGAGCGGCUGACCACUCGACUUGCGGCUAGAAGGCAGAAGCCCCAUCGAUAGUAUCCACUUGAGUUCAUCGCCGGAAUGAUUGACAGCGGGGAGCUGGAGCUGGAGCCUGCCAUUGCUGGCCACUUCUACCGCAUCCCUCGGUUCUCGGCGAGAAUCGUUGGCAUCUGGCCGGAGAUGAGAAGGGGCAGUGGUCCGUGGUACACCCAUCUCCUGUUUGUGUUCGCCUUUCUGGUGGUUCUGGUGGGGGCUGUCGGCGAGGUCUCCUAUGGCUGUGUAGACCUGGAUGACCUGGUUGUGGCUCUGGAGGCCUUCUGCCCCGGCACCACCAAGGCGGUGUGUGUGCUGAAGCUGUGGGUCUUCUUCCGCUCCAGCCGCCAGUGGGCGGUGCUCAUCCAGCGCCUGCAAUCAAUGUUGUGGGCUGCUCGCCGCGAAGAGGGCCAAAGGAUGCUGGUCGCCCUGGCCACCACGGCCAGCAGGCUGAGCCUGUUGCUCCUCAGCUCUGGCACGGCGACCAACACCGCCUUCAACCUGCAACCGUUGAUUAUGGGCCUCUAUCGUUGGCUCUUUGAGCUGCCCGGGCAAAUCGAACUGCCCUUCAAUAUCAUAUUGCCGGCGUUCGCCAUUCAGCCAUCUCUGUUUCCGGUCACCUACGUGCUGCUGACCGCUUCCGGCGCCUGCACAGUGUUCGCAUUCAGCUUCGUGGAUGGCUUCUUCCUUUGCUCCUGCCUCUACAUCUGCGGCGUCUUCCGAUUGCUGCAGCAGGACAUUCGCAGGAUAUUCGCCGAUUUGCAUGGUGAUUCCGUGGACGUUUUCACGGAGGCAAUGAAUGCGGAGGUGCGCCAAAAACUGGCCCACAUCGUGGAGCGGCACAAUGCGAUUAUCGAUCUGUGCACGGACCUAACACGCCAGUUCACCGUUAUCGUUUUAAUGCAUUUCCUGUCCGCCGCUUUCGUCCUGUGCUCGACCAUCCUGGACAUCAUGUUGAACACGUCGUCGCUGAGCGGCUUAACCUACAUCUGCUACAGCAUCGCGGCCCUCACGCAGCUUUUCCUCUACUGCUUCGGCGGCAAUCACGUCAGCGAGAGUAGCGGUGCUGUGGCGGACGUGCUGUAUGACAUCGAGUGGUACAAAUGCGACGCAAGGACUAGAAAAAUGAUUUUAAUGAUAUUGCGGCGUUCGCAGCGGGCAAAAACAAUUGCGGUGCCGUUUUUUACGCCCUCACUGGCAGCCUUCGGUUCGAUACUCAGCACAACCGGCUCAUAUAUCACACUGCUGAAGACGUUUCUGUAAGCCUAUGCGGCGUAUGAUUGAUAUCCCGGAUUGGAUUUGCCACAGCGCCAGCAGAUACUUUGAAAUUUGUUCCUUCGCCGUUUUGUUUUGUUUAAAUUAAAA